GAUAAACAAUCAACCUCAAUUGUACAACUUUGUCCAAUGAGAACUGAUAUUCGGGUCCCGGAUGUGAGGGGUAUAUUCCGAAUUCCAGAAUCAGAAUAACGUCAUGAAGGAUGUUAUCGCAUCAACAUUCCUCAAGGGGACUUUAUUCUUGCGGCGUGGUAUUCUCCCCUUCGACGCAAACGUAUAAAGUUCAAGAGGAAUCCUUUAUUUCCAACCUGAACCCCAAUUUCGAACCGAAUCAUAUUCCAAAUAUAAAACAUACAAUAAAAAUCAUCAGCAACAUACUCAAAACCCAUAUAUUUCACACAAAGUUGAAUCGUGAUCAUGCCUCUUCCAUCCGACCCCGCGGUAGUCAAGACAAGUGAAGGUCUAGUGCAUCAACUCCAAUCUAUGUUUGGCAAACAUGCUGGAAAACGACCUGCCCACGCCAAAGGACUCCUCCUAACCGGGACCUUCAUCCCCACUCCCACCGCACGCAGCCUCUCCUCCGCUCCUCAUUUCUCUUCCCCAUCCACCCCCAUCUGGAUCCGCUUCUCAAACUCCACGGGCAUUCCCUCCAUCCCCGACUUCGACGCUAAUGCCGAUCCCCGCGGUAUCGCCAUCCGAUUCAUUCUCGACGCGGAGAAGCACAAACACACCGAUAUAGUGGCCCACUCUACUCCUUUUUUCCCAACCCGUACCGGCGACGAGUUUCUCGCGUUUUUGAAAGCCGCAGCGAGUAGUGGAGAAGGUGUCGAGAGUCCGAAACCUAUUGAGAAAUUUCUAGAUGCGCAUCCCAAGGCUUUGGCUUUUGUUACUGCGCCCAAGCCGGCGCCGACGAGUUGGGCAAGAGAGAAUUAUUGGGGUGUUAAUGCUUUUAAAUUUAUUGCUGAGGAUGGAAAAGAAACUUUUGUGAGAUAUAGGAUUGUUCCUGUUGAGGGUGUUGAAAUCGCGAGUGAGGAGCAGAAAAAGAGUUUGGGAGAUAAUUAUCUCACAGAAGAGAUUGUAGCAAGGUUAGAAAAGGGAGCGACGGAAUUCAAAUUGGAGGUGCAGAUUGCGGAAGAGGGAGAUGUGGUUGACGAUGCAACUGUGCAUUGGCCUGAAGAGAGAAAGGUUGUGGAAUUGGGACGUGUUAAGAUUGAAGGAUUGUUGGGAGAGAACGAGAAGGAGCAAAAACAUGUAAUUUUCGAUCCCGUACCUAGGGUAGAAGGUAUAGAUGUUAGUGGCGAUCCUUUAGUAGAUGUUAGGGCAGGAGUUUACUUAAUCAGUGGAAAAGAGAGAAGAGCUGCAUAGGGAAUUAAUGGGAGUGGAAUAUGGGGAAUGAGAACAACAUCUUGGAAACCAGACACAUAAGAAGUCUCGGUUUUGGCUCACUUGAGAAAUCAGUCACAAUGAAACUGCCGUUUACUUA